CCUCUCUCAUUCAUGACAAUCUUGACAUCAAUUCAUCAACAUCAAUUAUGAAAAGAGUUAGCAUACUAAAAUUAUAAAAAUCACAGCUUUUAUCACAUACCUCACCUUAUCGAACCCAAAUCGACUCGUAUAAUUGGCCACACAUUGGGAACGUGUCAGUCGUUUGAAUUAGAGCUUCAUCUUUGAUACAAUUUUCACAACUGGAAUGGAAACACAGACAUAUUCGAAUUCUUGAUACAAUCAUUGCUUUUCAUCAUUAAAUCACUCAAAACCAUUACUCGCUCGGCACGAUGGCAAAUCCUUUCUACCCGCCAAACCGAGAUCAAAACGGACAUGAAUCGCGUGGUAGCAUAGGCGGAGGCUAUGAUGGCACAGACAACGUACCAUUCGACCCCGAUCGAAGAGGUGGAAGCAUUGCUAGAAUGGGUAGACCAGAUGAGAAUGGACCCGCACAUCCGUACAACUCCCGAGAUGCCAGACAAGAACCAACAGAAGGUCCCGGUGGAGCAGCAACAUUUUAUCCAUCAGAGUAUGUUGCCGAUAAAAAGUUGGGAUCAGGAACAGACGGAUUUGGAGGAGGACAUAACCUCUCACAAGAGAAUCCAUACCCUGUGCAUGAGAAAGACUACAGAGCCACAUUUCGUGGCAACGAUGGAAUGAAACUAGAACCUGAAUCGGGACUACGAAAACAUGAUCAUCAAUCCGCAUACACACAGCCUAACGCCACGAACGCCGCUGUUCGUGAUCGGGGCCAGGCUCCUUUCGCACAGCAUCAGCAAAAUUACGAUCCAUCUCCCCAAGCAUCGACCUAUAUCUUACCACCAGAUCAAAGGAAUAUAACUCCCUACCACUAUCCACCAAGUAACAAUUUCGGCUAUUCACAAUCCACUGUGGAUUUACGUGCACCAUUAACGCAUGGUCAACAGUCAGUGGAUCGUCCAGAUACGCCUGGUAUCUAUCGUGAUCGAGCGCCUCGAAUGGAUAAAUUAACAGAAGAACAGAAACAGAUUGCAAAGAGUUUCCCAAAAGAUCUCGACGAAGAUGGUGGAAGCUUGCUCAAAACAGCAAUCACCAUGUGCAAGGAUUGGAGAUCGUUUAUGAAGUGGAAAUUCGUGCCAUAUUAUGUGUUGAUCGUUGUCAUUUGCGUUUUGGUUGCUUUGAUGACAAUCUAUCACAAGCAGAUUGUUGACUGGCUAACACCAAUCUCUAGAAAGGUACGAGAAGUAUCUUGGGGAUGGAUUAUUCCGGUCGCAAUCCUAUUCGUCAUAUCUUUCCCGCCUUUGUUCGGCCAUGAAGUUGUUGGCGUUCUUUGCGGUAUUGUGUAUGGCCUUUGGAUUGGUUUCGGUGUGCUCAGUCUGGGAACACUUCUUGGAGAAUUGGGUAACUUUUAUGCAUUCAAAUAUCUACUCAAAAAGCACGGCGAAAAGUUUGAGAGAAGGUCGAUCGAUUAUGCUUGUAUGGCGCAUAUUGUUAGAGAAGGUGGUUUUAUGGUCAUCUUGAUGGCCCGAUUAAGUGCAAUUCCAGGUCAUUUCACCACUGCAGUCUUCGCCACUGUUGGUAUGAACAUCUUUGUUUUUACCAUUGCAGCAAUUCUUUCCUUGCCCAAGCAACUGGUUGUCGUUUACCUCGGUGUGGCUAUCGAACAAGCGGGUGGCGGAGAUGAAUCAACCCGAAGCAAGGUGAUCAAAUAUGUCGUAUUGAUUGUCAGUUUUGGAGUCACAAUCGGUGUGGCGAUUUGGCUUUAUGGAAAGAUGCACAAAGCACGUCCAAUCGUCCAAGCAAGGUUGCGUGAAAGGAGAUAUCAAAUGUUGACCGAAGCAGGUGGCGGACAAUCGGAAGUCGAAGGUUCGCCAGAUCCGAAUGCUGUUGAUGAUGUCAGUAGUCUAGGACAUCACUUGAAGAAUAACAAUGGAUUUGAUGACAACGCAAUGAUGCUACGGGACAGUGAGAUUGAAAAACAGGAACAGUCCAAAAAGCAAGGAUUCUGGUCACGUUUGAGUGGAAAGAAUAAAGGCAAAGAGACAAGCGAGAGGGGAUUCUCCGAUGUCAACCUCGGACACGAAAUGUCAAUGAGGCAAAAUGCUACAAAGGUUUCAUUUGAAACAGACAGUAACGGUCACAAUGGCGGAUACUAUACUGUAUAUGAAGGUAACACACUACGACCUGGAAUGUCUUAUGGAGAUCAAUACAUGUCCCGCGUGCAACCUUACAGUGCCGGAGCAAGACUUCCUGCUUCAGGAAUCGAUAGGGAUACGCAACAGUAUGCCACCACAUCUUCUCCGGAAAAGAAUGUGUAUAGAGCACAACUAACUCCUCAUUCAGCACCGAAUAGAUAUUCCUCUGCCGAAGAGCAUGUGGAAGAAAUGCAAAGUCAUCUAUAUUCUCAAGAUCAACAAAACCAGCGUCUUUCCGUUCAAGGUCUUCCUCCUAACAGCAACCAAGACAGACAAUAUCAGCACGUCGCCAACGUUGACAGUAUAUAUCAUCUACCUCAGCCUAGUCAAUCAUCUUCUACGGGAGGCGGAAAUUAUGCUACAGCUCUGUAGAAAUUUCAUGGCUGAAGGACUCGUUCUUGUGGUUUCGUGAUGCAAACAUGUAUUUUUAUACUAUUUUGAUUUCAAUAUGAUUUUUAACGGUUUGUUU